CGGGGCUCGGGGCCAGCACUGGGAUCGGGACACUGGGCUCGGGGCCGGCCGCGCGUGCGCGCCCCGCCCCGGGAGAUCCAAGGCUGUCCCGGGAGCGGGAGGGGAAGGGGGCGGUGGUGGCGGCGCUUGCGCCGAGCGCUCGCUGCUGUCUCGAGUGGCGGGCAUGCUGCUCGCCGGGCUGGGAAAAGGGAACCGAUGUUGCGGAGGGCUCUGGAGGAGCCUGUGCCCCGCAGCUGCCAGCGGCAGCGCCAGAGCCCUGAGCGCUGCCUCUGCCUCCCCCUCCCCGGGCAGCGGCGGCGGGGCGCAGAGCGGAGGCGCUCCCCCGGCAGGUGCUAGUAAUGUAAAGCCAUUGGAUGGUGUGAAAAUUCUUGAUUUAACAAGGGUUCUUGCAGGACCAUUUGCCACAAUGAAUUUGGGAGAUCUAGGGGCUGAAGUUAUCAAAGUGGAAAGACCUGGAGCUGGUGAUGACACAAGAGCCUGGGGCCCGCCUUUUGCUGGGACAGAAAGUAUCUAUUUUCUCAGUGUCAAUAGAAAUAAAAAGAGUAUAGCUAUCAACAUGAAGGAUUCAAAAGGAGUAAAGCUAAUCAAAGAGCUUGCAGCAGCAUCUGAUGUUUUUGUGGAAAACUUUGUCCCUGGCAAGCUGGCUGAAAUGGGCCUAGGUUAUGAAGACAUUAAAAAGAUUGCUCCUCACAUAGUGUACUGUUCAAUAACAGGUUAUGGUCAGACUGGUCCAGUGGUUCAGAGAGGUGGAUAUGACUCCAUUGCUGCUGCUGUUUCUGGUCUCAUGCAUAUCACAGGGCAUGAGGAUGGUGAGCCAGUUAGACCAGGAGUAGCAAUGACAGACCUUGCUACUGGGUUGUAUACAUAUGGAGCAAUUAUGGCUGGUUUACUUCAGAGGUAUAAGACAGGAAAAGGACUACACAUUGACUGCAAUCUCUUGUCAACUCAGGUUGCAUGUCUCACUCAUGUAGCAGCUAAUUACCUUAAUUGCAAAAUUGAAGCAAAACGCUGGGGUACUGCUCAUGGGAGUAUUGUUCCGUAUCAGGCAUUUAAGACCAAGGAUGGCUACAUCGUGGUGGGAGCUGGAAAUGAUCAUCAGUUUGUCACUGUGUGCAAGAUCCUGAAUUUGCCUGAAGUUAGUAAAGAUUCAAGAUACAAAACGAAUACACUCAGAGUCCAGAACAGAAAAGAACUUAUUGAUAUAUUAUCAACCCGGUUUUCAGAAAAAGUGACGCUCGAGUGGUUGCAGCUCUUUGAAGGGAGUGGGGUUCCAUAUGGCCCGAUCAACAACAUGCAGCAAGUGUUCUCAGAUCCUCAGUCUGGCCUGUUGUACAUACGCGAAGAUACGGCUGAGAAAUUGAAAGAUUCCACUUAUGAAGAAUUUGACCUCUUUCUACAAGUUUCUUUAGUCAUGGGGUUUAAUAUGCAUUUUUCACACAGAAAUAUAAAAGUCUAUCUGUUAAUGUGUCUCCCCUUAUUCUUCCUUGUCCCUCUUCCUUGCUCACAUUUUCCCUAAGUCUUUUCCUUAUGUUACCAAAGUAUUUUUAUUAAUGCAGCACACUUUUUAUAUAUCAUAAAUCAUUUUAAUGGAGCAGGCUAUGAGCAUUCAUCCUUAGUGAGAGGAGACCUGCAUUUCUUUGACAAAAGUAUCUCUUGUAUAAAGGAUUCUAUGUUCAAAUUUAGGGUUGGUUUUUUUUUUUUAAUAAUGGAUUCAGUAGUUGAGAAUGACUGUGUCAGAAUUGUAUUCUAUACAAAAACAUAUGACCAUCCAUAGCAGAAGACAUGGAGCAAAGCAGGUGAAGUUAUAAACAGUGCAGCUUUAUGAAUCUCAAACUAGCUAUCUUUUUUUUCCUUGUUAUGGUUUCCUCAGCAGUUCUAUUAUGGAUGCAAAUGAAUAUGGAAAUUAUGUGGAUAAUGUAAAUUAUUGACAGAAUAAUAAUUUAGUAUCUUUUAGAAGAGUUCCAAGCAUAAACAGACACAAUCUUUUAUGUCUGUGCUACAUUAUAGGUUCCAUAUAAUUGGAACACUAAAGCUAGUCUCUUUGAUUCUCAGUUUUGUCAGUCAAUCGAACCUUUUUACCUUAAUUAAUGUUUUAGGGAUUAAAGAUUAUGUUUUAAAUAAGGCAGAAAAGGAGUUUGUAUCUGUAUCUUUUGACAUUACAGCUUCAUUAUCAACAAAAAAAAAAACGCUUUACAACAGCCUCCUCUCACAACAUAAAGAGAAACAUAUUCUCUGUCUUUUAUUUCAUAAUACAGCUCAAGUUUCAGUCAGACUGUGAUCACUUUAUACUUUUGACAAAAAUACACAAAAUAUUUUGCAUUCAUUAUAGUACAGAAACAAAACAUUUGAUGAAACCUCAAAAUUUGCCAUGAAAUGGAAGUGUCAUCUUCACUGUUGUUACUACUGAUCCUUUUAAUCAGUUUUGCCCAUUGACCUCAGGAUAAUAUGGUAAGGCUCUGUCUUCAGUAGAUUCAUUCCAUCCUCUUGACUUACAUGCCAUUCUACAGCAUGAACAAUAUUUUGACUAUUCUUGGCUUUUAUCUUUGGUGGUGGUAGACUUGCUCCUCCUUCAAAAAUAUGUGUACUAAAAUACUGAUGCCUUGUAACUCUUGUGAACUUUAGUUGUAUCCAGUAUAAAU